AAGUAUGGUAAUACCGAUAAAUGCAGAUUUCUCUUCCCUCAUGAAGUUGUAGAUGUGUCGUACUUUGAUCCCGAAAGCAAUGCCAUCGUUUUCGUAUGUCGCGACGGUAACGUGAACUAUUUCAACCCGUACAUCCUUGUUUACUGUCGACACAAUCACGACUUAAAAUGCAUAUUAUCGGGAAAAGGUGCAAAGGCUGCAAUGUUUUAUAUCUCGGAUUACAUUACAAAAAUGGAUACUAAAACAUAUGAAAUGCUC